UUAAAUCUAAAUAAAAUUUGAAAAAAAAAAUUAUAAAUUAAUGAUAAAAUAUCUUUAUAUAUAUAUAUAUAUAUAUAUGUAUAAUCAUAUAUCUCAAGUAUUCUAUAUACAUCGUUAAUAAGAAUUUUGACAUCUCAAAUUAAUUAAAAACAGUUUCAACUGGUUGGCAACAAAUGCAUAUUGUAUUUUAUUGUUAGUGUUUAAAGAAUGUUUACUACAGAUUCGUAAUUAUGUAUUUAAUUCUUGAAUUAUCAUAGAUACUGUAAUUAAAUAUUGAGGAAUGGCUGAAAAUACUGCUGCAUCAAAUGCAGAGGAAAAAGCUAUUUCCUCAGCUAUGACACAAUGUUAUGAAAAUUAUAUUAUUGUUGAUGUUGGUGCCAAUCUUACUAAUAAAAAAUAUAGCAGAGAUUUAGAUAGUGUAAUUCAAAGAGCAAAGGAUGCAGGAGUACAAAAGAUUAUGGUAACAGGUGCAAGUAUUCGUUCUAGUAAAGAGGCAUUAAGAUUAACCAGGAUAUAUCCUGGUACUCUUUAUUCUACUGCUGGUGUGCAUCCUCAUGAUGCAAAAUCAUGGGAAAAUCCUGAUACUUUACAAGAACUUGAAAGCAUAGCUAAUAAUCCAGAAUGUGUAGCAAUAGGAGAAUGUGGUUUGGAUUAUAGUCGUGAUUUUUCUGAUCCUGAAACACAACGUGCUGUAUUUCAUAAACAAGUAGAACUUGCAUGUCAAUUAACUAAGCCACUCGUAAUACAUGAAAGAGGUGCCCAAACAGAUGUUUUGGAAGUUCUAAAUCAUUAUAAAAAUUGUUUACCACCAGUUUUAAUUCAUUCAUUUAUUGGAACUGCAAAGGAGGCACAAAUUUAUUUAGAUCAUGGUUUCUACUUAGGAAUUACUGGAUAUUUAUGUAAAGAUAAAUCUGAUAGUGGAAUAAGACAAUUAUUAGAAAAACGACUUGCACCUUUAGACAGAAUAUUAAUAGAAACUGAUGCUCCAUUUAUGUAUCCUAAUACCAGAGCCAGUAAAUUACCUGUUCACGUCAAAGAUGCUUUAACCGAACGAUCCAUGACAUUUCUUCAUCGUUAUUGUACUUUUCAACGUAAUGAACCAUGUGCCUUACCAGCAAUAGUAGAAAUGGUAGCAGCAUUUAUGAAAAUUGCUCCAGAAGAAGUUGCCUUAGCUACUGCUUUCAAUGCUUUGAAAUUAUUUGGUCUAAAUCAGUGAUAAUUAUUAAUUAUUUUUCAUUCUUAAAAAAUGGUGCUACUGGGUGCUAUUAAUUAUUUUGUUAUCAAUGUAUUAUCUCUUUUCAUGUGUAAAAGCAUCACUUAUAUUUUAUCAAAAUAUGUUUUUUAUAAUAACAAUAUCAACUUUUAUUAAUUUAUCAAUGAAUAUAAUCAUUGAAAGAAAAAAAAUCAUAAAAUUUUAUUUGUGCAUUAAUAAAUAUCAU